CGGUGGAGGUGGGAGGAGGAGGCGGUGUUUAUCCUCCUCACUGAAGUGGAUAACUGUAAAGUCACUCCUUUUCUCCCACCACUCAGCUACAGCUCUUACUGAUGCUAUCAGUGAUUUGCUUCACAUUUGCCGCCUGCAUUAGAAGUGUUUUCCAAUAGCUCUGUGCGCGAACCGUCACUGGAUUGUUUUUGGAUACUUUUGGUUUACUUUUACGCAUGGCACCAUCGGUGACAUUCCAGGAGUGACAGCUGGACGCGCAGGAGCUCUGAUCGUACAAAGCAAAGGCAGUUUGGAGACUCUUUUUAAACUAAUUUGAGCUGUCUGCAGGCCUCGCCAUGUUUUCCAAAGCCACUGCCAACUUCGUCCGUCAGAUUGACCCCGAAGGAAGCCUCAUCCACGUGUCCCGAGUGAAUGACUCACCCAAGCUGAUUCCAAUGGCACUCGUCGUCAAGCGCAACCGCAUCUGGUUCUGGCAGAAACCCAAAUACCAACCGACAGAUUUCACCCUCAGCGACUUGUUGCAGGGUGACGAGGUGCUCAUACCUGGAGUGUCUGAGAGAGAUUUCCUGAGCUAUGAGGAGACUUCUAGAGACAAAAUCUUCGGGAAGCUGGAGACUGAAGCUGGUUCUCUCGAUGUCACACUGGAGGGGCAGGGCACUUCCAAGCUCCAGUCGUGUUUUGGUAAACUGAAGAGAGAGGAACUGGAUGUGAGGAAGCUGCUAUGUGACUCUGACAACAGGUUAGUGAACAUGGAGCAUACGCUGGUGCAGCAGCUACAUAAACGGGCUGAUGUGUUGGCAGUAGUGAAGGAGAGGAUCUUCACCACCACCUCCUGCUCCAUCACCCAGACCAAAACGGAGCAGUGCAUCUUUCAGGGGGUGCUCGGGCUGGUGGGGAUGCUGGGGAACACUAUUAAGGUGUGUGUGAAGGACAGAAACAACAUUGAGAUGGACUCUGAUGUUUCCUUGGAGAUCCCCUCCGGUACAGUUAUUGCUUACAGCAUCAAGGAACUGGAGAUUAAGAAAAAUGGAAAGUACGGUAUAUGUCUACAACCUGGCACAAUAGGAGGUUUUGAAGCAGACACGGCCCUAAUGUCUAAUGACGACUUCGAUGUGGUGGACAGCAGAUGCAACGGACAUAAAGCUCCAAUGAAUGCACCUCCGACUACACUUCAGAAUGGAUCCGAGAAGAUGGACCUUGUUCCUUUGGCAGAGCUCCCACAGUCGACUCGAUGUGCCUUCACAAAGAUGCUCCAAGAGACUCUGAAGGACAGAUCUGCUCUGUCGUACCUGCAGUGUGCGCUGGAGGAGUUGUGCAGUGGUGAAACACUCAAAGUGGACAAGCAAGAAGAAGACUCGGAGAGUCCCAGAACUUCAGUGCCGGCCCUGCUGGAUCAGGCCGGCCCAGAUGGGUCUGCUCCACUAAAAGCAGCUCACUUGUUGGUCAGUGCCAUGGAAGAGUUGCCUGAUGAAACUCUGAGACUUCUGAGCGAGAGCAGCCCCGAUUUUCUGGAGGCCUUGGACAAGCUGCUGUGCAGUCUGAAGGACAGCAGCGAGCCUGUCUCCAUCCAGUCUCUUCCCAUCCUGCUGCAGGACAACCAGACCUUCCAACUGGCCAAGCAGCUGCUCAGCUCCACCAGUAUGACGCUGAAGAGAGACGCCGACCGGCUGUGGAUGGAGACAGACCAUCGAGCAGGAGUCCUCCCUUUGGUCCUCAGUCUGAGCAUACGUGGAUUGUCCUUGCUCUGCAGUGGACUGUAAAAGUGUCUGCAUGUCGGAAUGUAUCCUCACUUUCUUCAUCUUCAUUGUGUAUAAGCUCGCUAUGGUUUCUUGCAAGACAUCUUUAUUGCAUCAGUUGUAUUAUUGCUUUUUAAUACGUUUAAUAUUUGUUACAAUAGAGAAUAGUGUUAUAUUAUUUUUUCCUUCAUAUAUUUUUAUUAUUUAAACCAAACACUUCAUAUUUUUGUAUUAAAAAACCAAAUAUAUAUAUUUGAUGAGUUGUGAGACUGUGAUGUGGUCCAUUGUUUCGUUAACUCGCUCUUUUCUCGUUUGAAAGCCUUUAAGGAGUUUGGUAACUGAUCCACCACCUUACAAAAAGCUGUCUGUCAAAUUGUUACUACAUGGUAAAAAUCCAGUUGUUAUUUAUUGAUUUUGUCUCGUUUUUCAAUGAAGACCAUCUGUGAGAAAUUUCUGCUACAGCUAAAAGCAGUUUUGAUUUCUUAUUCUCAAGAGAUGUUUACAUGUUGUUGAUUUCAAGUUUUACAGAUAGCAUAAACAUGAAAAAUGAAAUGCAUGUUAAUGGUACACAGACCCAAUGACCUGUAUUUAUGAAAAACUAUCCUGCAUGCCUAUUCAUGCCAGGAUGUUUUUAUUUGAAUUUUAAAUGGCCCUGUGUUGUAAUGCUGCUCCAGCUCCUAAUUGAAAGAAAGUUAGAAUAUUUAACAUUCCCUGAGAUACCAGCUUUGAAUUUAAAAAAAGCUGCAUUGUGUUAAAAUGCACUAUUGACCUUUGAUAUGUAGAUUAUGUGUGUUUGUAUGAGCUACAAGGAUAUACAAAGUUGCCUUUGCCGUGACUUUAAUGCCACUUUUUAAUUUGUUGGCUGAAAAAGACACUUUAUCCUAUAUUCAUACAUCUUUGCAUGUACUUGACUGUGUCAUUCCUGUCUCAAAGCUACUUUUAUGUCAUAGCAAACACAAAUAAAGCUUUUUAUAUUGCAUGCUCAGCAUCUCUUAAAGUUGAAGAAACAUGAUGCAAAGUGAGAAAUUGUAUCCAUCUUUCUGAAAAACAUCUCUUUUGUUGAAAAACUGAACAUUAAACUUGUAUUUGUAUUGAAAAUGUC